CGGGUAGAUCGAUUCAUCCGACUAUCUUUGCACUCACCACUCCGUCAUUACAACAUCGCAAAAGAUUCAGAAUCAAACGCAAGACAAACAGGAUGCUCGAUGUCCCUGUCUAAAAGCCAGGGAUGAAAUGCAGUUUAUCAGACCCCCCAUCAACAAUCUGAUAUUUCGCAACCUCUGAAGCUUCUAGUUGAGAGCUACUAUUCGCAGUCUUGCGAAUAGCGACCAAGGUUUGACCUCUGGCCGAAAUAUUUGGCGUGUCGAACGCAAGGACAUAAGCAUUCUGGGCGAGCUUUUCAGGGCAGAGUGCUAGCGACCUCUUUUGAUACCCUGAAUUAAUCCCUUGACGGAAUCAGGCAACAGUAUACUCCUAAUCGAUAUCCGAUACUCGCAAACAGCCCAGGCUGGUAUUUCUUCAUUGUGAACUUCCCUCACCAUGUUGUCGUACGGUCUCUGUCAUAAGGUCUCUCCAUCGCCUAUUCAAGAUGAUGGUCAAGAUCCCAUGGCCGGCCAUUUACCUUGCCAUUGUAGCCUCCGUCUACGUGAGACCUCAAUAUACGAUUUUCAACUCACCAAUGGCAACAUUCGUUGUGCUGUCUCUGGCUGUUACUUUGCUUCAGGAUCGUCUAUGCCCUCGUCCUGUACCCUAGGUUCUUCACUCCUAUAAAGCACAUUCUGUUAAAAAAAGUAUAUAGAGCCCUACACUGAUAGGAAUCAUGUCCGGACAACCUUUUAGCCUAGUGGUUUAUAUUUCAAUACAUUCCCACACCUCCGGCCUGGUCAUGGCUUAUUGGAAAUACGAGCUCAUAUCUCAUCGAAUCGCCGUUCGAAGAGAUGAUAGAAUGGACGCACAGAGUGCCCAACGACGGAUUAAUUCGUUACUAUAUCGUCGGCAACCUCGAGCGUGUAUUGUUGGAGCAGGAACGGAGAAUAGGCUUAUGUAAGCUGCCUGCCCAGAUGGGAGGUGGUUUCCAAACUGACUACCCGACAACUGAUUCUUCCUGUAUCUUAACCAAUUCAACACACACACAA